ACCUUAGUUCUUCCCAACUACUUCCUUAGUAUUAAUCUAUCUUAUCUCUUUUGUUAUCUUGAACAAUUAUAAUUAAAGCUUAAAUUAAGGAUUAAUUGUUUAUUAACUAUGGUUGAUCAUCAUCAAAAUGUUGCUGGAGGAGCUAAUGGAAAUAUUAAUCAUGGUGUAAUUACUUUGAAUAUUAAAGAAGAUGAUGAUUUGAAUAAUCAAAAUAAUGAUUCUUCUUCAAGUUGCACCUUUCUUACUAUUCCUUUUAUUCAAAAGGUAAUAGCAGAAAUGGUAGGAACCUAUUUCUUGAUAUUUGCUGGAUGUGGAUCAGUAGUGGUGAAUGCAGAUAAAGGGAUAAUAACAUUUCCAGGAAUAGCCAUAACUUGGGGACUUGUUGUUAUGGUUAUGGUUUAUUCUGUUGGUCACAUUUCUGGUGCACAUUUUAAUCCUUCUGUUACUAUUGCCUUUGCCACUUGCAAAAGGUUCCCUUGGAAACAGGUACCAGCAUAUGUUGCAGCUCAAGUUCUUGGAGCAACCCUAGCAAGCGGAACUUUACGAUUAAUAUUCAACGGAACACACGAUCACUUCGCCGGAACCCUACCCUCCGGCACCGACAUUCAAUCGUUCGUCGUCGAAUUUAUUAUUACAUUUUAUCUCAUGUUCGUCAUCUCCGGUGUUGCCACCGAUAAUCGAGCUAUAGGAGAACUUGCUGGUCUUGCUGUGGGAGCAACCAUUUUGCUUAAUGUGAUGUUUACUGGGCCGAUAUCGGGGGCAUCAAUGAAUCCAGCAAGGAGUUUGGGCCCAGCAAUAGUGUCAAGCCAUUACAAAGGCCUAUGGAUUUACUUGGUUAGCCCAACACUUGGGGCCAUAGCUGGUGCUUGGGUUUACAAUAUUAUUAGAUUUACUGACAAACCUUUACGUGAAAUAACCAAAAGUGGAUCUUUUCUCAAGUCCAAAAAUUCUAGCACUUAAAAGUGACCACAUUUGCAAAAACUAGUAGUAAUAAUGGAAGGAGAUAAAGAGUGGCUACUUUUGUAAUGGACAAAUGGAAAAGGCUAUGGUUAAAGAGUGGCUACUUUUGUAAUAUACAAAGGGGAAAGGCUAUGGUUACUUUGCAAUACAAAAAGGAAAAAGGCUAUGUAAUUUGUAAUAUAAUAAAUGAAGUAAAUUUAUGUUUUUAGAA